AUGUGUGGAAUUCUUGGACUUUUACUAGCUAAUUCAUCAGGUGUUGCAUGUCCAGAAAUUUUUGAAGGCCUUAAUAUUCUUCAGCAUCGUGGACAAGAUGCAGCUGGUAUUGUAACAUGUGGAUCACAAGGCCGUUUUUAUCAAUGUAAAGGUAGUGGAAUGGUUAGAGAUGUUUUUAAUGAACAUCAACUACGGGAAUUAUAUGGAAAUAUGGCUAUUGCUCAUGCUCAACCCUUUUAUGUAAAUUCACCUUACGGAAUUGUUUUUGCACAUAAUGGAAACUUAACUAAUACACAAGAACUUCGCAAAUAUUUAGAUGAAAUUGCACAUCGUCACAUAAAUACAAAUUCUGACUCAGAGCUUCUUUUAAAUGUAUUUGCAUCAUAUUUAUCGCAAUUUCAAAAAUCAAGAGCUACUUAUGAUGAUCUUUUCAAAGCAUUAUCCCAACUCUUUAGACAUUGUCAAGGCGGUUAUGCGUGUGUAGCCAUGAUUGCAGGAUAUGGGAUUUUAGGAUUUCGUGAUCCAAACGGGAUUCGUCCUUUAGUAUUUGGAGAACGUAUAAAUAAGCAUGGAAAAGAUUACUUAUUUGCAAGUGAAAGUGUUGCAUUGGAUCAACUAGGAUUUACUAAUUAUUAUGAUGUAAAACCAGGACAAGCAAUAUUUAUUGAAAAAAAAAAAACAAAUGAACCCCAAAAAUUACCGAUAAUAAAACAGGUUCAUGAACAAUUAGGAUAUACACCUGAUAUAUUUGAAUAUGUUUAUUUUGCAAGGCCUGAUACUGUUAUGGACGGAAUCAGUGUCUAUCGUGCACGACUAAAAAUGGGUAGAUAUUUAGCUGAAACUGUAAAAAGAAAACUUGGUGAAGAUGUUGUAAGUAAGAUCGAUGUUGUUGUUCCAGUCCCAGAUACUAGUCGAAAUUCAGCAUUAGAACUAGCACAGAUUUUAAAUUUAAAUUAUAAAGAAGGUUUCAUUAAAAAUCGUUAUGUUGGAAGAACUUUUAUUAUGCCUGGUCAACAAAUACGAAAAAAAAGCGUUCGCCGGAAAUUAAAUGCACAAGCACUUGAAUUCAAUAAAAAAAACGUAUUAAUUGUUGAUGACUCUAUCGUGCGUGGAACAACAAGUAAAGAGAUUAUUCAAAUGGCUAAGGAUGCAGGCGCAAAGAAAGUAUAUUUUGCCAGUUGUGCACCUCCUGUUAGAUAUCCACAUGUUUAUGGAAUUGAUCUAGCAAAUAGAAAAGAUCUUAUAGCAUAUCAACGUACAGAAACAGAAAUAGCAAAAGAAAUUGGUGCAGAUGAAGUUAUUUAUCAGACUCUAGAAGACUUAUAUAAAUCAUGUCAAUAUAAUCCUCUUGUCUCAGACUUUGAAACUAGUGUAUUUACAGGAAAAUAUGUUACUAAUUUAGAUAAAAAUUAUUUCAAUUACCUCGAAGAAUUACAUAAAAAUAGCGAAAUAAUGCACGAGAACAUUGUUUCAAUAACAAAUUUUGACAAUAACGGCACAAUAAAAGCUUUUGAAGAUAUUAGUUUAUAUAACCAUGUAUGA